AUGAAUGAAACAAAUUACUCCCGAGUGUCUGAGUUCAUCUUGCUGGGACUCUCUGAUUCCCCCGAACUCCAACCUGUCUUCUUUGUUGUGUUUUCAGUGCUCUACAUUGCUAUUGUGAUGGGAAACUUCCUCAUCAUCCUCACUGUGACUUCAGACCCUCGUCUUCACUCUCCCAUGUACUUUUUACUUGCAAACCUAUCUUUUAUAGAUGUCUGUGUGGCAUCUUUCGCUACCCCUAAGAUGAUUGCAGACUUCCUUGUUAAACAAAAGACUAUAUCCUUUGAGGCUUGUCUAGCUCAGAUCUUUUUUGUACACCUUUUCACUGGGAGUGAGAUGGUACUUCUUGUGUCCAUGGCCUAUGAUCGCUAUGUUGCCAUAUGUAAACCUCUCCACUACAUGACCAUCAUGAGUCGGCGUGUCUGUAUCAUUUUGGUCAUCAUCUCCUGGUGUGUUGGCUUCAUACACACAACUAGCCAGCUGGCAUUUACCGUCAACUUGCCCUUCUGUGGUCCCAACAAGGUGGACAGCUUUUUCUGUGACCUCCCUCUGGUGACCAAACUUGCUUGUAUAGACACCUAUGUUGUCAGCUUACUAAUUGUUGCAGACAGUGGCUUUCUUUCCAUGAGCUCCUUUCUCCUCCUGGUUGUUUCAUAUACAGUCAUACUCAUCACAGUACGCAAUCGCUCUUCAGCUAGUAUGGCAAAGGCACGUUCUACACUGACUGCCCAUAUCACUGUGGUCACACUGUUCUUUGGUCCAUGCAUCUUCAUCUAUGUGUGGCCCUUCAGUAGCUACUCAGUGGACAAAGUUCUUGCAGUGUUUUAUACCAUAUUCACUCCCAUAUUAAACCCAGUUAUUUAUACUCUGAGGAACAAAGAAGUGAAGGCAGCCAUGUCCAAAUUGAAGGGCCGCUAUCUAAAGUCUGGCCAAGUAUCUGCUAUAAUAAGAAAUGUCCUUUUCUUGGAACCCAAGUAA